UGGCGAGGCCAUUGGGCCGGGCCCGGGCCGGGCCGAGAGUCACUGGCCCCGAUGACUUCGUACUUCGAGGAGCACAACUGCGAGCCCGGCGAGCCUGUGGAGCGCGCCCGGGAGAACGUGCUGCUGGAGCUCGCGCGGACUCUGUUCAAUGGGCAGCAGAUCGACCUGGGCUCCGUGGACUUCACCGACUGGGAUCAGCGGCUGCCCCCGCCGGCCGCGCGCCGGGCCGUGCUCAGCCUCCCCACGGUGCGGGUGACGCCGGCCCAGGCAGACAAAGGGCUGAAAUGCCCCGUGUGCUUGCUGGAGUUCGAGGAGGAUGAGGGGGCCAGGAAGAUGCCCUGUGAGCAUCUCUUCCACUCGGGCUGCAUCCUGCCCUGGCUGGGGAAGACCAACUCCUGCCCCCUGUGCCGCCACGAGCUGCCCACGGACGACCAGGAGUAUGAAGAGUACAAGAAAGACAAGGUGCGGAGGCAGCAGCGUGAGCACCGGUUGGAGUACCUGCAUGGGGCCAUGUACACGUGACUGGGGGGGCCCACCUUGUCCUCUGCCUGCCUGGGGCAUUGGAUGCCCUCUCUGGGUGGGGGGCUCUCAGGGUCAGUGGGGGUAACCCAUCAGGAUGGGUACAUUCCAGAGCUGGGUCCGCAGGGGGUGUCCUGACAUGGACAGGGCUCCUCCUUUGCUGACCAGCCCCAGCAUCCCCAUGGAACAGCCCUGGGCGUCUCCCCCACUUUGCUGUGGGAUCACCACAGGGGCAGGAGUAACUGACUCUAACCCCCACCCCCGAUCCAGCCAUCUCCCCAGGCUGAUUAAAGCUGUUUUUCUCUGA